AUGGUUUGGCAAGAAAAUGUCUGCUGUAUAGUGAUGCUGUGUCAGACGAUUGAAGAAGGCAAGCGGAAAAGUGCUGAAUACUUCAGCCCCGUUUGCGAAAUGGGAAUCAGCUAUGGUCAACUGAACGUUAUACUGAAGGAGAGGAAGUGGCAAGAUACUAUCGUUAUAUCAACACUUGAAGUCGAGUACUUACAAGAGUCGCGCCUAGUCAAGCACUAUCAUUGGAGAGGUUGGAAGGACUGGACGGCACCUACAGAGCCAACCCUGCUAAACCUCCUCAAGGAAGUGCGCCGAAAGCCAGCGGUCGUGGUUCACUGUUCAGCCGGUGUUGGUAGAAGUGGUACAUUCAUGGCACUAGAAAUGUGCCUGCAGGACCUCGCUAAUGGGCUGCCCAUCAACGUUUAUCAGGCGGUUCUGUGUCUCCGACGGUGUCGUGCUCUCGCUGUACAGACGUUCGAGCAGUAUUUGUCAAUAUAUCGGGCAAUACUCAGUGUAGGCGAGAACUAUGGAGCUAUAACUAAGGCAGAUGUGGCACGGUUCAAUUGCAUGUGUGAGCAACAAAGAGGCGAAAGACUAGCAAAAGAGGAUGCUUUAUAG